AUGAGUACUACUGCUGCAAAGAGACCCUUGGAUAUUAGUGGUACUAAUGUCUCAGUAGAGACAGUAGAUGAAUUGAUAAAAAACGAUAAUGAAGAUGAAAUGAAUAAUACUGCAAAGAAAUCCCAUCAUAGUUCAAAAAAUUCAAAGACACCACUUGAUGAAGAGACUAAAAAUAAAAGAACUGCACAAAAUAGAGCUGCACAAAGAGCCUUUAGAGAAAGAAAAGAAAGAAAAAUGAAAGAAUUGGAAGAAAAAGUGAAUCAUUUACAAGAUAUUCAUAAACAAAGUGAAAUUGAAUCUGAAUUUUUAAGAGGUCAACUAUUUACUUUAGUUAAAGAAUUAAAAAAAUUUAGACCGGAAACGUCAAAUGAUUCUGAAGUUCUAAAUUAUUUAGCGCAACAUGAAGUUAAUGAUGAUGAAAAUAAUAAUAGUAAUAAUAAUUUACUAAAUUCUUUGACACCACCAGAAAAUAACAAUAAUUCAUCAAAGGAAAUUAAAUUACAAAAAAAUAUUGAUCAAAAGAAAAAUUUUUCAUUUUCAUAUCCUUUUAAUUCAAAGACUGCAAAUAGCAAUAGUAACAAUAUCCCUUCACCUGAUGGUUCAUCUACAUAUUCUUCACCAAAUCAAACAUCAACAACAAAGAAUAUUGAUGAAAGUAAAUUCGUUGCAAAUAAUAAUAAUUUUUUUAGCAAUGAUUUUGGUUCAAUAAAUUCACCAAAUAAUAGCAAUAAUAUUAAUAAUACCACCACAGAUGCUUCAACUCCAUCAAUGAAUUGGUUAGAUAAUAUUUUUUAUAAUGAUAAUAUGUUUAAUCAACAAAUUAAUGGUAAUGAUAAUAAUUUAAAUAGAAAACCUUCUUCGUCAAUCGCAAGCUUAGGUAAUCCAUCAAAUUAUGAUAGUAAUAUGUUAUCAAAUGAAUUUAAUUUUGAUGAAAGAUUUGAUGAACAAGUAACAGAUUUUUGUGUUAAGAUGAAUCAAGUUUGUGGAACAAAAGAUCAUCCAAUUCCAAAAGCUACUUCGCCAUCAGAAAUAUCUUCAACAAAUACACCACAAAAUGCUUUAACUUCUGAUUCUAUGACAAAUACAAAUAUUACAAUUCCAUCUUCUGUUGGAUCAAUGUCAAAAAAAUUAAGUUUUGGUGAAAUUGGUUAUCAAAAUUCAAUUAAUAACACUCUAAAUAAUAUUACACCUGAUUCAGUAACAUCUAAGGGCCUUGAAUCAUCAACGGAUUCUGUGGAUAAUAUACCAUUUAUUAAUGACGCUUUAGCUUUCCCAACUGAAUCAAAUGAUUUAAUGACACAACCAAGAUUAAACAAUGAUACACCAGAUUCACUUGAAAAUAUUAAACCAACAUUAGAGAUUAAUAAUAAUUUUGAUACUGCCGAUUUAUUUAGAACACCAGGUUCUUCUGGUAUAAAUAAUGACAUUUUCAAUCAAUUUUUACAAGAUGAUGAUGAUGAAGAUAAUUCAGAUAAUGAAAGAAAUCCUUUGGAAGGUUUGAUUAAUGAAGGCCCAAGUGGAGCACCAGAAGUUAAUAAUACUUCUUCUUCAAAACCUGCUCCUUGUGAUACGCUUCCUGUUGUUGAUGCUAAUGAUGACGAUGAUGAUGCAAAUGCAGUGGUUCCCUCCAAAGAUGAUGAUUUAUUGAAAUGUUCAGAAAUUUGGGAUAGAAUAACAUCUCAUCCAAAGUAUUCUGAUAUAGAUAUUGAUGGUUUAUGUGGUGAAUUGAUGUCAAAGGCUAAAUGUUCAGAAAGAGGGGUUGUUGUUAAUGCAAGUGAUGUUCAAUUAGCUUUGAGUAAACACAUGGCUUAA